UGGCUGAAGUGUGUUGAGUUGUCCACUAUAAACUGGUGUAGUGUCAGGAAGACAAAGAGUGAGGCUGAUCUGAGAGGAAGCUGCAGAAGCACAGGAAGAGCGGCUGCUGUUUAAACAAGAGCUCAACAUAUAUAUAUAUAUAUAUAUAAAGCAGAAGACGAGUGUCAGACACACAGAAUGGCUGAUAGGAGUCCUCUGUUUCUGCUGCUCAUCUUCUGGACACUCAGCACAGGUGUGUUUGGAGCAAAAGACACUGAUGUGUUCAGCAGAUAUGGAGAAACUGUUCAUCUGCCCUGUAGAAACACUGAUCAGCACUGCAGAACAACAGAAACUGACUGGCUCUACAACAGAAACACACAGACAUGGACAGACACACUGAUUAAGUCAGGAGUAAAUGAGAGAAACUCAGAGAGACUGAAUCUGGGCUCUGACUGCUCUCUGAUCAUCAGUAGAGUCACAACAGGAGAUGCUGUAAGUUACAUCUGCAGACAGUGGAGAGGAGACCACACAUAUGGAGCUGAUUCACGUGUGUUUCUGCAUGUUGUUGCUGUCUCUCCAUCAUCAUCAUCAUCAUCAUCAUCAUCUUCAUCUGAUAUUGGUCCGGGUCUCUCUCUGACUCUCUCCUGUCGGCUGUUCUCAUAUUUUGCACGUUCCUGUGGUGAUCUGUUCAGUUCUGAGGAUCUUCAUCUGUCCUGGGUGGAUGAGGCUGGUGUUGAUCUGAACACAGACUCCAGAUAUCAGAUCUCUUCUACAGGCUGUAUCAUCAGUCUGUCUACAACAUUCAUCAGUGAAGAUGAAGAUAAACAGUGGAGAUGUGGAGUCUAUCAGAGAAAUCAACUGAAGACCUCAGACACGUUUACUGUCCACUAUUCAGCUCAAACAGCUCCAUCAGUGAGUCCAGAUCACAACACAAACUGUGAAGAUCCACAAAGUCCAAACCCAGCAGGAUCUUCUACAGCAGCUAAAGCUGAAGCAGAGACAUUCUGUGUGAUUAAACAGCAGUGACUCCAGCGCUCUUCACAACACCAGCAGCAGCUUCAGCUCAGUCGUCACACUCCUCUGCUGUUAUGUUUGAGUUAGUUUCAGCAGCUUGUUUUUAUGUCUAAUUGUCGAUAACCAAGUCCAGCUAACUGAGUAUAGUACCCACAUACAAAGAACGGAGCCCUGCUCUAUAUUGUGUUUAUUGCUGAUCAGGGCCUGCAGCAGUCAGGGGGCGGAGCUACAGAAUCAGUGUGAUAAAGUCUGUAAUAUUAACUGUGUGAUAUCAUUAAUUAACAUUGUGCUUUAAUCCAUUUCCUCAUCAGUCUGGCUUCAUAUGAUAAAUGAAAGAUGAAUUUGACUGUGAUUGUUACAACUUGCUUUGUCUGUCAAUAAAUUUCCUUUAGUGGAAACUCUAGACUGUGUUCAUCAUUUAAUUGGGUGCUGGAGAAAAAUAAAACAUGUGAGAC